AUGACCUGGGUCAAGUGGACGCUCGUCGCCCACGGCGGCGCCCUCGCCCUGCAGCCCAAGGUCCUCGACCGCCUCGUCGCCCUGCAAAAGGUCCUCAACGAGCGCGCCCGGGGCCUGCCGAGCCUGCUCGCCCUCAAGGGCAAGCUCGACAUGCUCGACGCCCAGAUGCAGCUGCGCCAGAGCAGGCAGCGCGGCGGCGGCCGCGGUGUCGACGAGGAGGAGGAGGAGGGCGACGACGACGAAGACGAGGAGGGCGCUAUUUACGUCGAGGGCGAGGAGGCCGAUGUUGACGUCGCCAUUGCCGAGGCCAACGGUGCGCUGCUGGCGCUGGAGGAGGGGGACGACGACGACGUCGAGGAGGGCGAGAGCGAUGACGAUGGCGAGGAGGUGCUUGAUGAGGAUGAUGUCGAUCACCUUGAUGUCGAGGACUCGAUGGAUGAGGAUGAGGACAGCGGGGGGCGAGGCCGCGCCGCCCUCGAAGCUGAGGAAGACGGCUCGCUCGUUUGGCAAGAGACGUUGAGCCUGUGCACCCGUGAGCCCCACUGGAUCACACUUCACUGGGCAACCCAUCCGUCCGUCUGGCAUGAACGGCGACGACGGUCGAUUGGCAGCGUCUCGGGUUAG